GGAAACACAGGGAAGGCUGAAGAUGAGGACUGUCAUGAAUUUGAUUUGCCCGUGAUGUCAAAUAUUAACCAAAUAUUGGUGAAACAUUUCAUUCUUGAUCUCUCAAGUGAUAUUGUGUCAAAGUCAUUUUCUGGCAGUGCUACCUACUUUAUUCACCCAGUGAACUGUUUAAAAUCUGAGGCUACCUUAACAUUUCCACAGAGUGAAAAUGGAAGGAUGGAAAGCAGUAAGCCUGCUGCUGUUCCUACUCCAGAGCAGGAUGACAGCUGCUGUGUAUGCUGUAGCAGGACUACACAAGCUGAGAGUUGUAUAAGGGUGGCUAAUUGCUGUGGGGAGAAUAACAGAUUGUACUGUAAAGAUGAAGUGAUGCAAAAAGCUGAGAAAAUUGGGCCAGAUUUAUGCAGAGAAGGUGAUGUGUUUCCUUCAGAACUGAGUAUUAUGAAGAUUGAUAAAGACACCUGCGAUUCCAGUGUGCUAGACUGUAGUGAAGAGAUAAACAACAGUAGCAUAACGGAAAACAUGGUGUUGAACAGAGACACUUGUAAGACAGCAGAAAGUGCUUUUGACAACGUAUGUGCAUCAGAAAAGAUUGAGAGUGUUAAGAUGGAUCAUGAUGGUGCUCAAAGAUUGUGUCCGUUUAGUGAAGAAAUUGAACUAAUUGACGGAACAAAUAAUGUGGUGUUGAAUAUGAACAAAAGCCAGAAAAAGACAGAGAACUAUGUUGUAAAUAUAUUAGAAGAUGAUGCUCAUGUUGGUUUUGUUAGUACAGAAGAAUUGAUUGAAGAAGACUGUUGUCAAAACUUCCCCAGUGGAAGAACAGAACCUGAAAAACUGAAUAGAUCCCCGAUAUCUGAGGAUCGUUUGAACAAUGUUAAUCCACCUGACAGCUUGACAUGGAUUUCUAGUGAUUGCAAUGAAGACAAUCUUCAUUUUAAUUUUAAGGAGAAAAUGUAUCCUCUAUGUCAAAUUACUGGUAAUAUAGCGGACAGCCAAGCGGGUCAGACAUAUGCCUCAGAAUGUGAAAGUAGCAUUGAAUGUGAUGAUGGCAAAAUUGAAAGUGAAAGUUUUAACCACUCAACUGACGUUGAAGAUGUAUUCCUUGGUCAGUUAGGGAGGGAUGUGUCCACAUUCGUUUAUGAAGAAUCAAAAACUGCAGAAGGAUCUGAAGUGUUUCAGUUUAUCUUAGACUCAUGUGACAUUGACAUUAUAGCUGUUGAUGAAGUAAUAUACUCAGAGAAGACAGUAAUACAGGACAAGUCUGCUGAAAGAGUGGAAGGAAGGCCAUCAGCCUUCAAACUUCACAAUAGGUGCACAUAUGCUACAACUCCCUUGCUGUUUUCUGUUGAGAAAUGGUGUGUGAAAAUUGAAAAACCUGGUGUGAAAAGUGCUAAAGAUUUCCCUCGCUGUUUGCGAGUGGAAUACAAGACGAAACCCAAAGGUGGAUCACUGAAAUGGUCUUUGGAUCAAGAUGGAAACUUGUCUGUGUUCACCCAUGGUCACUGGAUUAAUAACAGAUCCUUGUUCCCUGGCCAAGAUUCACCAGUCGCCAUGGCAACUUGGCAGGCCAGUAUUCAUGUUCCUGACAAUUACAUUGUUCUAAUGAGUGGUGACCAGAAUGCCCCAUUCUUUUCCGAACGUAAUGGGUACGUUCGCUUUGAUUAUUGCACAAACAUGAAAAUGCCAGCAUCCACCUUGGCACUAGCUAUUGGAAUUUGGAGUUCCACAACUGUGUGUGAACCAUUUUUAACUGAAGGUGAAAGUAUUAGCAGCCCUUGUCAGCAGCAUGCGGAUAGUUCGUGUCAUGUGAACUAUUGUUCCAGCCCCAUUCUGCCAUGUCGAUUAUUUGCUCCAAAAUCCAUGAUGAAGAGGGCAGUGAUGGAGAUACAAGACUACCUCCCUCGAUGUAUGACAGCAGCUCAUGGCUUGUUGGGAAAGCAUCCAUUUUGUAGGCUGGACAUUUUAGUUGUGCCAAAAUGUUUUGCCAGCUUAGCUUUGGCAUGUCCUUGUUUAAUGUUUCUUUCCCAAACCCUGUUGCCUGGCGACCGUAGUGUUAACAUUCGAUUGGCUCAUGAAUUGAGUCAUUCAUGGUUUGGCCUUCUCAUUGGUGCUUUGGACUGGACUGAAGAGUGGCUUACUGAAGGGUUUGCCACUUACUUGGAGGACUGUAUCCAUGCUGAUGCUAUGGAGUGGGGUGAGAACUACCAGCGAGAACACUCAGACCUCAGGGCUGUCCUUCGUCACCGGAAUUUGUCUGCGGAGAUGUUAUCCACUGAGGAGAAGCUACAGAUUCUCAGGCCAUCCAAAGAUGCCAUUGCUUCAGACAAAGGGCAGACCACAUACAUUAAGCAUGGGAUGAACCCAGAUAAGACAUUCACACAGGUUCACUAUCUGAAGGGCUAUUUCUUACUGAGACAUCUGUCACAGUUGAUUGGAGUUACGGAGCUCAAUACCUUCAUCAAGCUCUUUGCCCAUCGUUACCAUGGAGAACUAGUCUGCUCACAGAACGUAUUUGACCUGCUGUUUGAGACGUUUCCAUGGUUAAGAGAGCAAGGUUAUAGUUCAGAGUUGUUCUGUAAGGAAUGGCUGGACUUCCCCGGAAUGCCACAGCCCAUCAUCAAGCUGAAUGUGUCACAAAACAAUGAACUCCUCACUCAGGUGCAGAAGGAAUUCUCCAGGUGGAAGCCAUUGUGUAAAAAACCCAAACCACAGAAAUCCUCUUCUAAGAGAAGAAAGAAAAUACCAAAGCUGGAUCCAGCCGCAGCUGUUCCUGCAGCUAAGUUCCUGGCUGAUCAACUUGUUUUGCUGCUGGAGUUGAUGUUGGAAGAAGACCAUUGCCCUGUAUCUGUGCUUACAGCUCUGUACAAGAAUUACAACAUCGCCUCAGCCAAUGCAGAUGUAGGACACAGGUGGUGUGAACUCGUUAUUAAGCACAAAUGUGUCAAGUAUUACCAAGAGGUAAAGGACUUCCUAAUCAAUCACCAGGCGAUGGGUGUGUACCUAUUUGGAGAGCUUGUAAUCUCUGAAGACAAGAAGCAGAGAGAGCUGGCCAUGGCAUGUUUUGAGCAGAUUCGUGAGGAUAUGGAGGAGGCACCCUACACUACAGUUCAUUCCAUGUUGUAUGGACAAGCUGUGUCAUGAAGGAGCACAGACUUUUCCACUUAGGACAUUUCUUCCUACGGACAUUUCCCCCCCUAACAUACAAUUUCCCCUUGAUAUAUAAUUUCCCCCUAAUAUACAAUUUUCACCAGUGGACAAUUCACCCUUAUAGACAUUGCCUUCAUUGAAUUGGACAAUUCACCUGUUGAAUUGAACAAUUCCCUCUAAUGGACAUUCCCUCUAAUGGACAUUCCCCCCCCCAAUGAAUUGGACAAUUCCCUCUAAUGGACAUUCCCUCUAAUGGACAUUCCCCCCAAUGAAUUGGACAAUUCGCCCUAAUGGACAUUUCUGCCAGUGGACAAUUUCUCAAGGUAAAUUCUCCGCCCCAACCCCCCUGCCCCCACCCCCUCCCCCGCCAAUGGACUUUUCCCACAUUAGACAAUUUCCCCUCAGGGUCAUUUCCCAGUAGACAGUUCCUCCAUUUUCAUUCCCCCCGCCCCCACCCCCCAAUGGACAUUUCACCUCUAAUGGAAAUUUUUCCGUGUGGCCAAUUACCCAUA